AUUGGAUGUGUUCACCCUCGAACACGCUGAUCGAAACAGAAUCCCGGCAUGUGUUUUCAUACUUCUCCGUUAUGUGGCGCUAGUGUUCCCUCCUCGAGCUGCCGAACAUUGGCAGCGUGUCCGUGUCAGUAGGUGACGAGCUUCCACGCCGUCAACAAGCAACGUGUUUAUUGCGCUAGAUAUUCAUGUGUGUUUGUGAGAGACCUAAAAUAACAAAAGCCGACCAUACAGAUGAGACUUGAAACUAAUAGUCAACUGUUUUUGAAUAUCCCUUUUUUCUGUUGGUAGGCCAACGUUAUUUUGUUUUACUGAUUUUCAGUCGUGUUUGUGAUAUUAAGAUGAGCGCUCUUUGUUGUGCAGUGCCUAGUUUAAUGGCUACCGGCGGCGGAGUCAAUACUUCUUCGAUGCCCGUCGUGUAUCAUCAUUUUAAUCGACCAUCCGCCAUGGCUCUCCCACAACAACAGAAUUCAUUCAUGUCGAUGGAAUUGAAUAACAGCAAUGAGUACCGAAUGCAACAACAACAACUUCCUUGUCAUCAGCCGGUAGACCAGUUUACAACAACAGUUUACGGUAGUAGCAAUAGUCAACAACAAUUUCUGAUGCCUCAACAACAAGCCAUCACAUCCAGCCAGCAGUCACGUGCCUCACGGCGGAAGAGGUUGGAAGAUGCAUUGACUGAGGCCAUUCCGGCCGCUUCGAGUUGCAAAGUAUCUCAGCGGAUUGCUCAACUUCAACAGAGUCUGUACGCAUCGUGCCAUCCAGUCGCAGCUGGAAGAAGUGUGCAUCCAUCGCGGCCAUUGUCGCUGGAUCCUUUAAAAGAUUAUUCUCUGCCUUUGACGGUUGACUGCUCCAUCGAAUACGAUUUACCACGCGUCGCUCGGCCUCCCCCUGGAGCCAAACCUUUGCUCUUGAUUGCUCGACGACCUCCACCCCCGCCAACUCUUCCAGCCGUACGCGAAUCACCGUCAAGACAAAGGCAGCAGCAAUGGAAUCCCGUCAUCAGAACAGCAACUCAUCAAGUUUUGCUGCAACAAUCAAGUCAACAAUUUCAAUUCCGUCCGGAUUGUACCGGAUAUUUUGUGAUGAACGUGGCGCCAGUCAGCUCAUCCAGCUCGGAGGAUAGCGGCCGUGGAACGGAUUCCGAACAGCAUCCGUCUAGUCCCGUGACCAGCAACUCUUAUCGAAUUGCCACAGCUCAUCAUCCGACCAAUAAUAAUUGGAUGAAUGCAUCAGAACCACAAUGGACGUCUCUCAUUCGUCAACAACAAUUAAAAUACAACCAGCACAUGAAACCAACAGCUCUUCCGGCUCCUCAACAUCCUCGUCCAGCAGAAGCUGCACGAGCGCGAGUUUCUAUGACAGCAACGGACCAGUCAGGAUGUCAUUGUUGCCCGUCUCGAUCGAAUCCAUUUCCAGCUCAACGAUGGGCUCCGUACAACACAACAGCCAUGAUGUCCGCCAGGCACGGUUGCCCAGCUCCUGUUAUCCUCCAACAACCAAAUGUCGAAACGACAAGCUGGGCAAGAUGGAACGAUUCAUCCGUGGUGGAGUCCAAUCCCCACUACACUAACCAUCCGUCGUCUGCUUCAAUGAUGGCCGCCUUUCAUAUUUAAAUGAUCUCGAAUUUUUUUUUUUUCUUUUUCUUUAACUUUAUAUAUUAUACAUAGUCACACACACAUUUGUCAAACGGGUUUUUUUCAUUUCUCAUUUUCUUCUUUUUUGUGUGUGUGUGUGUGUGUUGUUUUCUUGUUUUGAAUUAAGAUCGGGGACUGUGUUUCUUUUGUUUGGAGAAUGGUGCUGUGAUACGUCGUUGGCCUUGUUUAAAAUCCCCCCCUCUUUUGUCUCAUGUAAAAAAACAUUUCAAUCCCGAAAAAGAAAAUGGUUCUUAAAAAAAAAAUUAGUUUUUCGGCCAAAAUGUUUGGAUUGAGUCGGCGGAGGGAUCGAUUGUA